AAAGAUGGGAGGCCGUUGAAACGGUGUGAACUUAAGCAACAUUCCUACGAUUUGUGUUUACAAUGUCGUCGUACGGAUAAAUUCAAGGAAUUUGAUUUUAAAUUUGUGAAUUAUUGUUUUAAAUAAAAAGAAGCUGAUUGAUUGUGGAUAUAUGUAAAGUGCGGGAAAAUGGUGAAGUCGGAAGAAAUACGGGACCGUCAAAAACUUGCAAACUUAAUCACUCAGUGGAACUUAGAUCAUUAUGAUUUGUUUGAAUUGAGUCAGCCAAACGAGGGUUUGGAGUUCCAUGGUGUGGUAAGAUUCUAUUUCCAAGACGAGGACCACAAUGUUGUCACCAAGUGUAUCCGCGUGGCCAGCUCAGCCACCACGAAGGAGGUCGUGGACGUGCUGGUGGAGAAGUUUAGACCUGACAUGCGCAUGCUCACCGCUAAUAGAUACAACCUUUUUGAAGUGCACAUCAAUGGAGAGGAGCGCAAGUUGUUGGAUGAUGAGAAGGUCCUGUAUGUGCAGCUCAACUGGGGCAAGGACGUGCGUGAGGGACGCUUCCUCCUACGCAGAGAGGGCGCCCAAACUGCAUCAGAAAAAGAAAACAACCCAAAUUUUAAACGAAAACUCUCAAAACGUGAGAAGAAAGAGAAAAAGAAAGCCGACAAGGAGCGGCGUAUGAACAAAGAAAACGUUGACAAAAAUGGUGGUGUUGCCCAGCAAUUAUACGACGACGCACCAGAGUCAAGUUUCACCCGCAGUAUCUCAAACCCAGAGGCAGUUAUGAGACGUCGACGGCAACAGAAACUGGAGAAAAAGUUACAGCAGUUCCACGGGCAAAAUGGGCAAGGUGGUACCCUGAAGAUCUAUGGCGAGACAUUGAAGCCUGACAUCCCGUACAAGACGCUACUGCUGUCGACAGCAGACACAGUACAGCACGUGAUCAAGGAGGCCAUGGAGAAGUACGGGGUGGACACGGAGGACACAUCACAGUUCGUACUCGUAGAGGUGCUGGUACCGCCAGGUGAGCGAGAGUACCACGGGGGAACCAUCGGUGAGGAACGCAUCAUGGAGGAUGAUGAGUGUCCCCUGGCCAUUGCCAUGCAGCACCCUCCUAAUAGAGGCAUGCUGAUGUUCCAACUGAAGCGUAAGAAUGCCGACAUGAUCAAGCCCAAGUACAAGCGCCCACGUGCGGUCUCACACGAGGAUCUGCGCACGUCGACACGCGAGCCUGCCACCUCCCAGACACCACCCAGUAAACUGCCCUUCCUGGUGGAACUUAACCUUGAUGGUACAGAAAACUUGAAGGGCAUGGUUCACAGACUCCAUUUUGGCGUAACUGAAGUGGGGCGUGAGAAAUCGGUGUCCCAAAAUGGGCAAUACAUGCAACUGACUGGCCCCAACAUUCAGCCCCGUCACUGCGUGAUUGCGCACACAGGGGGCGUUGUGACAGUGACCCCAAAAACCCGUGACGCUGAGACCUACGUUAACAGCACGCGUAUCGCCGAGACCACGAUGCUGCAGCACGGGAUCAUUGUCCGCUUCGGCAAACACUGCGCCUUCCGCUUCUUUGAUCCGGCUUGGGAGGAGAAGCAGAGGAAAGGACCGGUACCACAGCUUGCACAACUCCAGAGUGCAGCGCCGGGUCCUGGUUUUCAAGGGAGAUCACCCCACGAGACAAACUUUGAUACCGACGGCACCGUGGAGUCUAUGAACAUGCCUCGGGGUCCGAUGGGUCCGAUCCCCCAGCGGCAGGAGAGUAGACAGAGUGCUCACAACAGCAGCAGCGCAAUGGGCAGCUCUGUGCAUGAGGACUUCUCUAGAGGAUCUCCCAGAGAACUUCCUCGAGAUGGGAACAAGUUUGAAGAUGCAUUACCAGCCAGCCUGGAGUUCAGAGAUGAAAGAGAGAACGAUUUUCUAAGUGCCGUGAUUCUGGAGACCAAUCCCUCCCAGACGCAGUUCAAGCUGUCCCCUACCUACACACUGUACCUGGCCAUACGGUUCCGACUGUCCAGCGUCUACCGGCCCGAUUUGAGCCCAUCUGACCGGGCACACAAACUGACCACAGUGGCCAACAAGAUUGCACAGAUGAUACAUCAGGCCAUACAGGACAACCGUGACAACCCAGCAGCACUAGCAUUCUGGAUGGCAAAUGCUUCCGAGGUGCUUCACUUCUUCAAGCAGGACCGAGACAUCCACCCGUUCAGCAUGGAUAGUCAGGAGAUGCUGGCCGAGGCCGUACAGAUGGCCUUCCACCACCUCGUGGUCUGUCUGGAGUACGACCUGCAGAGAACCCUGUCUGCGUUCCUUGACGAGAACGAUGAUGAUGGAGUUGUUGAUGACCGGGCGCGUUUCAAUCGCAACAAGCCGACAAUGAUCGACAUCCUGGACACACUGUCGUCGGCCAUGAAUCUGCUGCGCCGUUGCCGUGUCAACGCCGCGCUCACCAUCCAACUGUUUUCUCAACUUUUCCACUUCAUCAACAUGUGGGUCUUCAACAUCCUCGUCACAGAGAAGCGGCUAAAUCUGUGCACACGUGCAUGGGGUGUGCGGCUCAAGCGCAGGCUAGGGCGUGUCGAAGCUUGGGCGCAGAAACAGGGUCUCGAACUGGCGGCUGACUGCCACUUGUGCAGGAUUAUACAGGCUGCCCACCUCCUUCAAGCGCCCAAAAGCAGCCCAGAUGACAUCGCCAACAUCAGCUCGACCUGCUUCAAGCUGAACUCCCUGCAGCUGCGAGAACUUCUGGAACGCUACAUCAACGAGCCCAACGAACCUCCCAUCCCACACAACCUUAUCGACCGUGUGGUGUCUGUCGCUGAGAAUAUGGCCGAUGAUCUGAUACGGUCAGACGGACGGACAGUGCAGCUUGAGGAGGACCAAGACUUGCAGCUGCCUUUCUUGCUGCCGGAGGAUGGCUACUCUUGCGAUUCCAUCAAAGGUGUACCCAAUGGCUUGGGGGAGUUCAUAGAGCCCCUGACACGGCAGGGCCUUUGUAGGAUGUCAAACCAACCCCUCGCUAGCGGCUUUUGGACCGUGUACAUGUCCGGAGAUGAACCCUCCCAGAUUAUAGAGGAGUCACUGUGGGAGAAGGGCCGGAUACCUGAGCCCCAGGGUGGGGACAUGAGGCUCCAGGGGUCAAUCCAGGGGUCACUGCAGUCACCCAAGGAGCCUGAGGUCGUCAAUGUGACCUUCAACAAAGUCAACGGCAGCAUGGGCCUUAGCAUUGUGGCUGCUAAGGGAGACGGGCAGAGUGAUCGGGGGAUCUACAUCAAGUCAGUUGUGCCUGAGGGAGCUGCUGCUAUUGAUGGGAGAUUGCAAGCUGGAGACCAGCUGCUAGAAGUAGAUGGUAAAAGUCUUGUGGGACUCACACAAGAAAAGGCUGCUGACAUUAUGAAACACACUGGUCACUCUGUGACACUAAAGGUCGCCAAGCAGGGAGCCAUCUACCACGGUCUAGCUCAGCUUCUCAGUCAGCCAUCACCUGUUAUGCAGCGAGCCUCCCCUCAGAAGACACCCACCACCCCCAGCAAGCAGAGACCCGGAGAGGAAGGUCCCCCUCCGUACAACGGCAUGCCCGAGCCAGACCGCCGGGCUGCCAUGCAGAAACCGGACUCCCGAUCACUGCCUCGGGACAUGCGGGCACCUGGAUUGCGAGGCCCGGAUAGCCGGUCUUCCCCGGCACUGAACAGUGAUCCUCCAUUAUCCGCGGUGGAGCGACUGAGGAUGCCUCCAGCUGCCAGAGAUAGCACAGGCCAGUACCCUCCCCCCAAUGGCCACGCAAACCCCCAUUACAACAGACACAAGGGAGACAACAGAGAGCUCAUGGACAAGUCCAAGUCCAUCCCAAACCUGCACAUGGACAACUCAUUCGAUGGUCGUGGUGCUCCUGGCGCCAUACGCCCGGCCCAGAGUGUCAGCGCCUUACAGCAGCAACAGCAACAACAGAGGGUACCUAGCCAGCAUGCUGACUAUUAUAACCAGCCCCACUCCCUUGACGAUUCUCGUAGCCAUGGUAGCCAUGAUUACGAGAACCAGCCCGUGCGGACGCCCCUUGAUGCUGGCAGAGGUUACCCCGGACCUGGAGCCAAUCAGCCAUCGUCUGGUGUUCAGUUCCGGUCGCCUGGUCAACCUGCCCCGGCAACCAUGUCAACCAGACCGACACAACCCCAGAGUUUCGAGAGACCCCAGUCGCAGUAUUUCGCAGGCCAGGACCGGCCCGAUUUCCAGAACGGUCGACCGCGGUCAGAGGAAUUCACUCCAGAACGCUUGCAAAACUGGCAGGACCCUGAUCGAAGCAAAGGCUCCCCACACGACAGCUUUGACGGCAGGGGAGCACCCAACUACAGCAAUAUUCGACCCCAGGCCAACUAUGCCAAUCAAGGGGAAAUACGGAAGAUGGACAUGGGAAACCAGCAGCCUAAACAGCCCAACUUCUAUGAGAACACGUACCCCAGACAGCAGGAGCCUACCCCGCCAUUCCAACAACUGAAGAGACCCCCCAGCGAGAGUGAAAAAGGUCGGCCCCCAACAGCCCCCAAACCAACACCCAAACCCAACCAGCCACUAGUGCAGCCUGUGGAGAUACCUAGGUCUGAAGUGGAUAACAGACAGACUCAGCCACACUUUUACAACCCACAGCUCCGCGACAAGGCCGCCAUGUACCCCAGCUCAUCGUCCCCUAAUGCAUAUAACACAUCCCCGGGCUCCCAUAGUCACUACCAGAACACCAGCUUCUAUGAUGGACGUGCGGAUGGUAGCUCUAAGAUGUCGCCUCUACAUGGGGACUUCAGUAAAAAUCCUCACAUGGCCCUGCCAGCCCCCCACGACAUGGCCCCAGAGUUACCACCCCCACCCAACAUGGACGAUAUACAUGACCAGGAUGAGUUGAUGCCCCCCCUGCCCCCACCCCCUGUCAAUGACUACCGACUCGAGCAGAAAAUCAGGGAGGAACAAAACAGAAUGAUGCAACAGCAGCCAUCGGACCCUAGCUACAGCAAUUUACCUCCACAGAACAGCAGAAAACAACCAUUUUCGCAGUCACUCCCUGCACAUUCGGUUGCUUUUUCUCCGACGGGUUACACCCCACCACAGGCUACGGGUUACCAACCAGUGCAGAAGCCUGGGCCCAGUUUCCAGCCUGCCAUUUCGACUGCCUACCAAACACAGCAACCCCAGUCGUUACCCGUGCAGCCCUCGGGAUACAACGCCAGUCAUGACUACCAGAACAUCAACUACCCCAACAACAGGGGCUCCGAGCCCCCUAACUCAGCAACACUUCAAGCGAACACGUACGAAUCCUACGACCCGAGAAAAGCUCCACCUCCAACAUCGUCACAGCAACAACCACAGCAGCCCCGGCCAGUCAUACACCAGCAGAUCAAGGACCAGCGGGAGGCCAUAGUGUCGCCGUGGCAACGAGAGGAACGGGAGAAGCAGCAGCAACAGCAGCAGGAGAGCCUGACCCGAAUACGGGACAUGGAGAUCGAUGACCUCACAUCCCGGCCGCACCGGACCCUCCAGGAGGAGGAGAGGCUGAAGAAGCUGGUGCUGGAGGCGGAGUUUCAGCGCAGGCUAGAGGAGGUACAAGACAGGGACGAUGAGGAGUCCGACGACGACAGAUUUAUGCAAGCCCUGGUGCCCCUCCAGUCCCUGCAGGAGGAUCUGGUGAAGUCUCGUAUGAAGAUCCAGGACUUUGAGCAGAAGAGGCAGUAUGAGGACGCUGAGAAGGAGAAGGAUCGCAUGCAGAGACUGGAGCGUCGCAUAGAGAUGUUCGAGCGUGAUAGGGAAGAACAGAAACAGCGGCAACAGAGGCGCCUGGAAAAACAACAGAGGGAGCAGGAGGAGCACUUCAGGAAACAGAAGGUGAAAAGAUUCGGGAUAUAUAUAUAUAGGCUUGUCAAUUAUCUCUUACAUGGAAUGAGGCGAGGAGAACAACAUCAACGAGAGAUUGAGGAGAACCUGCGACAGCAGAGAGCAGAGGAGGAACGACUGAGGGAGAAGAAACGACAGGAAGAAGAGCGCAGGAAGGAAAUGGAGAAGCAGCGCCAGCGUGAGCUGCAGGCCCAGAAGGACGCUGAGGAGGCUCGUGCUCGCGAGGAGAUCCGGCGCCAGGAGCAGGAGUACCAGAGGCAACAGCGCGCAGAGCAGGAGCGGCGCAGACGUGAGGAGGAGCGCGAGAUUCGGGUGCCAGACGAGCGGCGCAGGCUAGAGACCAUGAACCACCAGCAGGCUAUGAACCACCAGCAGCCGAACCCGUAUUACCAGCAAUAUGAGAAUCUGCCUGCCCAGGGGUCCCCCAAGGGUGCGCCACCUCAGGACCCACGGUACGGGCAACAGCCGUAUGGGCAGAAUGUGCCUGCGCCCUAUGGGAACCGACCAGGCAUGAAUGAACAGUUUAAUGGUGGUUAUAGAGUGAAUAAUGGGAAUCCGAAUCUUAACCCGAACGUUUCUUCUCAGCUCCGCGGCAGUCAGGAGAGCAUUCCAAAGAAGACAGUUUCGUUCAAUACGCAAGAGCCGCCCCGGAGUCCUGUGGUCUCCCAGCCCCCACAGCAGCCCCAACCCCAGUCUUCAUACCAGCCUUUCCAGCGCGCAUACAUGCCCCCUGCUGAGCAGCCGCGCACCAGCUACUCACCAUCCUCCCAGCUCGGGCCCCAGCCUGCGCAGCCUGUGAGUGGUCAGCCGGUGAGCUCCUCCCCAGCAGUGAACAACAACAACGACGUGAAGUAUCGCACACAGGAGACGACGCCUACUGUGAUUGGCUCUCAGGAAGUUUACAGAGACCCGAGAUCGAGAAUUGAGGCCAAGUUGGCCAACAAAAAUAAACAAAAUACUGAUCGUUUAUCGUUCAGAGACAAGAUGAAGUUUUUCGCUGCAGAGGCGGGUGAGAAUACGCCGAAAGAGAAACCGAAGGCUUCGACCAGUCAGAGACGUAUUGAAUCUCAACUCUUGUAUAAUGGGCAGUAAUUGGAAUUUGGAUACAAAUUGUAGUGAGAGAACUUAUGCACAGUGAGUUUGAAGGGUGAAAUCAAGGCUGCACAUUUGUGUUCAAAGGUAACAUAUCUGGCAGUGGAUGUUAGAUCAAUCAUGUAUAAAGAACAGAACUGGAAUGGACUGGUCGGAGGUACUUAGGACAGAAUGUAUGCAACUAGGUUGUGAGUGAAAAGCAAUAGAAGAGGGCCUAUAAGAUGACAUGUACUGGUGAUUGAACUGCAGAAUCUUGAAGCUAUCAUGGGUUCAAUGUACAUGUAUAUGCAUCAUAAAAUGAAUGCUAUGUUGGGGGUAGGGGCAAGACAAAGGCAUUUAUUUGUGUACAGUUAUGUUUUAUAUUUCAUUACAUACUUUUGAUGUUAUCAUAGAGAUGUUAUCUGCAGUAUGCAUUCCAUGCACUAUUUAACUAUGUGAUAUUUAUAAUGGGUUGUUUACUCUGUAUUAUUCCUGCUUGUUAUAAAUAACACCAUACUUGUGUAUAUACAUACAUAUAUUAAAUAUAUAAAUUUUUACUUUACGAAUAAUUAUAGAUACUACAUUGUAAUUUCAUCUUGUUUUCUGUACAUAUGUGACAAGCUCUUUAAAUGUGUGAGUGUACGCAUGCAGUUUUAAUUAGUGGUUAUAAUUAUGAAAUAGAUGUCCCCUCAACUGAGUUAUUAACAGGGGCUAGGAAGGGAUUAUGCUAGGGGCCAGGUGCAAUAGAAGGCAUACUGGCCCAGUGUUGUCCUAAGAUAUGACUGAUUGUUAAUAUUGUCUAAAGAUUACUUAUGUUUAAAUUACCUUAUCAUUUAUUGUAAAUUCAUAAAAGUAAUUCUCUUGUUAGAAUGAACAAGUCAAUUUUCAAUAUAAUUUUUUGAUGAUUUAAACUUAUUCCAAAAAUAUACUUAGUAUGCAAUUAGUUGUAUCUAACAAUCUAACGCAGACUUAUGAAAAAUUCCAUAAAAAGCUGUGAGUGAUGUCCCUGAUUAACCUGUUUGGACUGCACAAGCUUAUCUCGAACAAUACUUUAGGAACAUGCAUUAAGCCAAGUUUUACCAGAGACUGGCACACUCAGUUUGUUAUUCAACAUCUUUCAAGCUGUAAAGAUGGUCGACAUUCGAAGCUUUAUAUUAAGCACAUUAUUAAAUGCACAAUAUUAUGCCUUAUUCAUUUCAUAAGAACAUCUUCAAAACAUGAACAUUGUAGAAAGAAAAUAUUCUUUAAUUUCAUGUUAUUUUACUAAAAUGUGUUAAAUUAAACCAUUUUAAUUAGGCUAGUGAUCUAAUACAUCUAAAUUUCAAAUUUUGUCUAUCAUUUCAAUUACUUUGUGGAUUGAAAUGCUAAACCCAGCAACUCUUGUAUUAUUCUGAAAAAAAAUUAAUUUAUUAAUAUGAUUUUUCUUCAAUUAUACUCAAGUCUGUCUUUCUUGUAUGUUAAAAAACGAAAUUAUGUCUGUGCCUUAUGGAAGCUUUGCAUGGUUUAAUUUGUAUACCAAAAGUUCUCUUGUACCUGAUUAUUGUACUGUUUUAACUGAAUCAGUUAUCAAGCUCUGAUAAUCUAAGUGAAACAUAUCAUGAUAUUUUUAAUCGAAGUUUGAUUCACUGACUGAGCAGAUCACAUAGAUUGCUAGUUGGGGGUUGUACAUGGGUUAUGACAUUUUGUUCUUGAAGCCAGAUAACAUUAAAAUUAUAUAUAUCAAACAUA